AUGAACUACCAGGUUUCCCUGUCGAAGUUAUCAGACAACAUCCAAAGAGGCAGUCUUCCAAAGAAUGACUCCAUCAUCAUAUUUGCCCUUGAACAAGCAUCUUUUCCUGUCGAACAAGCUUUCUGCAACUUAACUUGCCUCACCAACAUAAAAGAAGAUUUUGUUUGGACUUUAGUGGUAUCUCGCCUCUAUCAGAAAUUGAAAACUGCCAGACGUGAAUAUUUUUGCCGUGAUUCCUCUAUAUAUGAUGCACUCCUGACACUCAAACGAACCAACUCUAAUUUAGAUGAGUUUGAAAAAGGCCUUCUGGACGCAUGGAUCUAUGACUGUUGGAUAAUGGGUACUGAUUUAUUACUUCCCAAUAAUAAAUGUGGGGAGGUGACUUCACUCUCAGAAUCGAAAAAUGAUGCACAUGGAGUAAGCACUACUACAGUUUCUUCAAGUACUAUCCCGCGACAUUCUUCGAAGUCUUUGGAAGCUAUACAUGAUGCAUAUACAGAUAUAGAGAAAGAAGAGAUGCAGUUUCAAGUGAUGGUUGGGACUACAGCUGUAGUAUCAUCGCCUCAUGUUUCACGUUCGGAACGUACUGGUCGUAUAGAAACACCGUCACAUUCAGAUCUUCUCACUGGUAGACUAGAUAUAAAAGUCGCUGAAUCAGAUUUGGCUCCAUCAGCACCAUACUGGUUGCCAGCAGUUCUGGUGGCACAGAAAAUGGUGGACACAUAG